AUGAAAUCGCUGCUACUUUUCCUGUCCCUGUUCUCCGCCCCCAGCUGUGUCCUCUCUCAGGUGCAGCUGGUCCAGUCUGGCCCAGGAGCAGAGAAGCCCGGAAAGACCCUCACCCUGACCUGCACUGUCUCCGGGUUCUCCAUCACUACUCAGCAUUACCAUUGGCACUGGCUCCGGCAACCCCCCGGGAAAGGGCUGGAGUGGAUGGGGUACGUGUACCCAUACAAUAGCGGGGAGACAGGCUACGCCCCGUCUCUCCAAGGCCGAGUCACCAUCUCUGCAGACACUGCCAAGAGCCAGUUCUCCCUGCAGCUCCGCUCGCUGACAGCCGCCGACACCGCCACCUAUUACUGCAUCAGGAGGAGAAAUUACACAUUUCUAUGGGACACGUGGGAGACCCUCACCCUGACCUGUGCUGUCUCGGGUGUCUCCAUCACUGACAACAGCUACGGAUGGGACUGGUUCCGGCAGCCCUCCGGGAAAGGGCUUGAGUGGGUGGGAGGGGUUUAUAGUGGGAGCACGUCCUCCUACGCUCCACCGUCUCUCCAGGGCCGAGCCACCUUCUCUGCAGAUACCGCCAAGAACCAGGUCUCCCUGCAGCUCCGCUCGCUGACAGCUGCAGACACCGGCACCUAUUACUGCGCCAGGAAAAUAGAUUCACACAGCGACACAGAGCAGAGUGUCCGGUCCCAGGUGCAGCUGCUGGAGUCUGGAGGGGAUGUGAAAAAGCCCAGAGACUCUCUCCGCCUCUCCUGCAAAGCCUCCGGGUUCACCUUGAGCAGCUACACUAUGAGCUGGGUCCGACAGGCUCCAGGGAAGGGGCUGGAGUGGGUCUUACACAUGUACACUGAUGGGAGCCAACAAUUUUACGCAGACUCAGUGAGAGGCCGAUUCACCAUCUCCAGGGACAACUCCAACAACCUACUGUAUCUGCAAAUCACCUGCCUGAAGCCUGAGGACACCGCCCGGUAUCACUGUGCGAGAGACAGUGAGGGGAAGCCGGGCUGA